UAAUAUUUUGUUUUCUAUCUCGGUCUGAUAAACAGAGGUGCAAGUGCAAUAGAGGACAUGAUUUGAUUAAUAAAGUCUCUGUAUUCGUAUUAAAAGAGUAAACUGUAGAAAGUUUAAUUCAUUAGCGGUAUAAUUAUUUGAAAAAUUAAUUAAUCGUUAAAGUUAGGAAUAGACAUUCCGGUCAGUUUCUAAACAGGGUUUGCCUGCUACCUGUUUUUUUUUUCAAUUGUGUUGCGUAUCUUUUUUUAUUAUGAGCUGUCAAAAAAAUAAUGGCUAAUGAGUACUAAAUUAUAAACUCCAAAAUACUUUCCAUAUCAAAACCGAAAAAAGUCUAUACGAAUAUCUAAAAAAAUGGAUGAUAAGUCGGCUGCGGGUGAGGGUUGUUACCAUCAAGCAAAAAAGUCAAAAUUAUCCGAAGAUCAUGAUUCUACGGAGGCCGUACAUUCUACGGUUGAUGAAUUUGAUAAACAGCUGUCUUCGUCAUCAAAGUUUAAACCUGAUGGACAUUUGGAAAGGGUUGCUACUACGGAACAAGAUUCCAUAAAGGAUGUUUCCAAUGCUACACUGCCAGUGGAAGUCCACCGUUCUUUGGAGCACGAACCUAUUAUGAUGAGUUUAGGCGACGAUGUAUUGUCCCUGCCCGUCGCCAAUAAAUCAAAUGAUGAGAAGCCAGCAAAUAUCGAAAAUGCUGGCACAGAAGAUAGAAAUCUUGCCGGAGUUCUUGAGGAACAAGCAGAGCGAUCAACGUCUGAACCUGUUGAGGAACCUGAAGAAGAGUCACAUGAUGAACGCCACACUGACGAGCCUAGACCAAGGAAUCGAUUCCGAGGUCGCAACUAUAGACUUAGAUCUGAUUCAUCGGAAUCUGAAAAUGAAGAUGCGGGAGAAAAUAAUCAAGACUUUGAAGCAAUCGUUAGGCGUCUUGUAGACGAAAUGAAUAAUGAGCACGGUACUGCAAGUGAUGACGAUGAUGGUAACGAGAACAACGAUGACGAUGACAGUGAUGAAAAUAGCACUGAUACUUCAUCAGCAGAUUCAGAUUCAUCACCGGUUUCUGAUGACGAUGACGACGACGACGAUGACGAUGAUGAUAACGAUAGCACUGAUAAUGGAUCCGACAACAACGCCAACGAGCAAGUAGAUGUAUCGAAUCUUCCAUUUAUGCAAACUGCCAACGUGAAGAGCAACUGGAACUAUUUUCGCGAGAUUCAACUUCGAUCAUUUGGGCUUUCAUAUCAGAAAACAACGUCACUCGGCGGCGUGCGAUAUAAUUCCAACCAGUUUCAAUCCCGUGCCUACGGUUCAAAGCACAUAGUUGAACGAUUAGCGCUACAGCAUCGACUGAGUAAACAUGGAGGCUGUGUAAAUAGCUUGAACUUCAACUCAUCCGGUACUCUGCUAGCUAGUGGAUCGGAUGAUUUAAAAAUUAACUUGUGGAAUUGGCAAACGGGAAAAUUAGUCCAAUCGAUUGCCAGCGAACACAGGAUGAAUGUAUUUCAAACCAAAUUUUUUGAAGCUAGCGGGUAUCGUAAUGAAAUAAAAAUUAUUUCAACAGGAAGAGACGGGCAGGUCCGACAAACGCGCGUUGGCCCCGCAGGAGAAAUUGAUCGAUCGAUCUUGUUCAAACAAAACCAACCGAUCCAUAAAAUUGCUAUACCAGCUCGAUCCCAGUUUGAGUUUCUAACAGCUUGUGAGGAUGGUUUAGUUAAAAGCUAUGAUUUACGAGACACUGUAGCUAAGAAGGUAACAAAAACAAAACGUAGACUUUACAGUAUCGCUACGCAUCCAUUCGAUCAUGAGUUUUGCGUUUCGGGCAACGAUGAAUCCGUCCGGGUGUACGACCGCCGUAAUGCUUCAAAGCCAAUGAAACUUCAUUAUGCUGCCCAUACUAAGGACGUUAAACAAAGGUUUACCAUAACUUGUGCUGUAUACAAUAACUUAGGAACCGAAAUUUUGGCUAGCUACAGUGAUGAAGAUGUCUUCCUGUUUGAUAACGUUCAGCAUGAAAAUGGAAAAUACAUACAUAAGUACACUGGACACUGUAACCGUAAAACCAUCAAAGGUGUUAACUUUUUCGGCCCCCAGUCAGAGUUUGUUGUUACUGGCAGUGAUUGUGGAAAUAUAUUUUUCUGGGACAAAGAAUCCGAAAUAAUUGUUAAUUGGAUGAAAGGAGACUACGCUGGCGUUGUUAACUGCUUGGAACCUCAUCCGGAAUUCCCUAUUAUGGCUACUUCCGGGUUAGAUCAUGACGUUAAAAUUUGGGUUCCUAAAGGAUCCGAUGAUGAGAACGAGCCACCUGUAUUUUCACGAGACGCGUUGAAGAAAUGCGUCCGACGGAAUUUACAAAUUCGACAGUCUAGUCGAUCGUUUAGCGAUGACGGGAUUCUGGAUUUUCUUAUGUUUCGUCAAGGGAUUGGUGGUCGGUUGCGACACCACUUCUCCUCGGACAGCGAAGAUCAAGCGGAUGGAGAUGGUAGUGUCGCCGGCGGGGGAGAAAGUCGUACCCGACGGCGUACAAGUGAUGAAGAGGAGGACAACACCAUGAUCCUGAGGUGUAAUCCUUCUUAAGCAUAAAAACGGUUUAGUGAACUUGUCGAACUAAUUUGCCUUUCCAGUGGCAGGCGGAAUGUGCAACUAUGUGAUUUUCCCUAAUAACCAGGGCUUAAAAUCGAGAUUUUAAGAAAUAAUCCUGUUUGCAUAGAAUUGUUCAUUCUGAAGGCUCUUAUGUUUUUCGCUUUUCCAUCUUUUCGAAUCGUUAGCAUAUAUGAACGGAUUGGUCAUUUUCUGUUACAACAUGUAAAUCCCAUAUGUUACAAGUUUUCCUUUGAUUUCUAUGCACCUAAAUUUAAGUAACUGCAAAACCGAAGUAAACCAGCGUUUUUUGAGUAAUUCAGAAAAAAAUCAGUUCUAAACAAAAACAAAUGCUGGUAGAAAAAUUUGCACGAGGCUGCAAACAAGCUAUUUUACUCAGAAAUAAAAAUGUUCUGUGAUUUAGCAGGUUGGCGAGGUGUUUUGAGUUACAAGUGUAAUUUUAGAAAAACCGAAUAAAUAACCAUGAUGUAAAAAGUA